CGCAGCGGGAAAACACCGAGCCUGGCUUCCGAUCCAGCAACCACGUCCUACUGCUCUUGGUGGAUCGACUACGAUGGUUCCAUGACCUGUCAGGAAGUCCUCGACGACAAUUGGAUUGAGCUAGAUGCUUUUCGCCGCUGGAACCCUUCUAUCGGCGCUGACUGCACUGGACUUGUGUCCGGCAAUAGCUUUUGCGUCGAGGCUGUCAAGGAGCCCGCACCAACAACUACCCAGAAAACCAGUGCCACUCCGACUUCCAGUAACGGCGUGGCUACACCAUCGCCCGUUCGCCCCGGGAUGGUGAGCAACUGCAAAACCUUCCACUUCGUCGAAUCGGGAGACAACUGCGGCACAAUGGCUGAAAAGUAUGGCAUAGGCACUGCCGACGUUAUUUCGUGGAAUGGACUCAACAAUGCAUGCACCAAUUUAUGGCAGGACACAUAUGCCUGCGUGGGCAUAAUUGGUGGCUCACCCAGCCCUUCUCCUACAACUUCAGUUCCGUCUGGCAAUGGUGUUUCGACUCCGACGCCUGUGCAGCCACGGAUCGUGAAGAACUGCAACAAAUUUUUCUUCGUUGAAUCAGGAGAUACAUGCGACGUUAUCAACCAGAAGACCGGUGCGCGAGUAGCCGAUAUCGUUGCAUGGAAUGGAUUGAACAGCGGAUGCACCAACAUCUGGGGCGACACGUAUGCUUGCAUCGGCGUGAUUGGUGGCUCGACUUCGUCCACUUUCUCAUCUUCUCCAAGUCCUACCCAGUCCGGCAAUGGCGUAUCGACGCCAACACCAGUUCAGCCAGGAAUAGUGAAGAACUGUAAUAAGUUCUUCUUUGUUGAAGGAGGAUAUACGUGCGAUGUCAUCAACCAGAAGACUGGUGCCCGAGUAGCAGACAUCAUAUCGUGGAAUGGAUUGAACAGCGGAUGCACAAACAUCUGGGGCAGCACAUAUGCAUGCAUCGGUGUCAUCGGCCAGUCCCCGACCACAACUACACCAUCCCCAACGCAGACGUCCAGCGGACCCGCAACACCUUCACCCAUCCAAUCCGGGAUGACCAAAGGCUGCACCUUGUGGCACUUUAUUGGCGGUUCUACGACAUGUCAGCAGGUGCUGAGCUACCAGAAGAUCACGUUGGCGCAGUUCUACAAGUGGAAUCCGGCUGUAAAGGCAGACUGCAGUGGCUUGUGGAAAGAUACCUAUGCUUGUGUC